AUGAGAAAAUUUGCAUACUGCAAGGUGGUCUUAGCCACCUCCUUGAUUUGGGUACUCUUGGAUAUGUUCCUGCUGCUUUACUUCAGUGAAUGCAACAAAUGUGAUGAAAAAAAGGAAAGAGGACUUCCUGCUGGGGAUGUUCUAGAGCCAGUACAAAAGCCUCAUGAAGGUCCUGGAGAAAUGGGGAAGCCAGUCGUCAUUCCUAAGGAGGAUCAAGACAAGAUGAAGGAGAUGUUUAAAAUCAAUCAGUUCAAUUUAAUGGCAAGUGAGAUGAUUGCACUCAACAGAUCUUUACCAGAUGUUAGGUUAGAAGGGUGUAAAACAAAGGUGUAUCCAGAUACGCUUCCUACAACAAGUGUGGUGAUUGUUUUCCACAAUGAGGCUUGGAGCACACUUCUGCGAACUGUCCAUAGUGUCAUUAACCGCUCACCACGACACAUGCUGGAAGAAAUUGUUCUGGUAGAUGAUGCCAGUGAGAGAGACAUAUUUUUAGCAUUUUACAUGUGGUGCCUAUGUAAAAAUCUGAUUCUUAAAAGGAGAACGGUAGUGUGUCCUAUCAUCGAUGUGAUCAGCGAUGAUACUUUUGAGUACAUGGCAGGCUCUGAUAUGACCUAUGGUGGGUUCAACUGGAAGCUUAAUUUUCGCUGGUACCCUGUCCCUCAAAGGGAAAUGGACAGAAGAAAAGGGGAUCGGACUCUUCCUGUCAGAACACCAACAAUGGCAGGAGGCCUUUUUUCAAUAGACAGAGAUUACUUUCAGGAAAUUGGAACAUAUGAUGCUGGAAUGGAUAUUUGGGGAGGAGAAAACCUAGAAAUUUCCUUUAGGAUCUGGCAGUGUGGAGGUACUUUGGAAAUUGUUACCUGCUCACAUGUUGGACACGUGUUUCGGAAAGCUACACCUUACACAUUUCCAGGAGGCACAGGGCAGAUUAUCAAUAAAAAUAACAGGCGACUUGCAGAAGUUUGGAUGGAUGAAUUCAAGAAUUUCUUCUAUAUCAUUUCCCCAGGUGUUACAAAGGUAGAUUAUGGAGAUAUCUCAUCGAGACUUGGCCUAAGGCACAAACUACAAUGCAAACCUUUCUCUUGGUACCUAGAGAAUAUUUAUCCUGAUUCUCAAAUUCCACGUCAUUAUUUCUCUUUGGGAGAGAUAAGAAAUGUGCAAACAAAUCAGUGUCUGGACAACAUGGCUAGAAAGGAAAAUGAGAAAGUUGGGAUUUUUAACUGUCAUGGAAUGGGAGGUAACCAAGUUUUCUCUUAUACUGCCAACAAAGAAAUUAGAACAGAUGACCUUUGUUUGGAUGUUUCCAAACUUAAUGGCCCAGUCACAAUGCUCAAAUGCCACCAUCUAAAAGGCAACCAACUCUGGGAGUAUGACCCAGUGAAAUUAACCCUUCAGCAUGUGAACAGUAACCAGUGCCUGGACAAAGCCACAGAAGAGGACAGCCAGGUGCCCAGCAUUAGAGACUGCAAUGGAAGCCGGUCCCAGCAGUGGCUUCUUCGAAAUGUCACCCUUCCAGAAAUAUUCUGA